CAAAGUUUCAACCCCAUUUCUCUACACUUCAUAAGUCGCGAGGGGGUUGAAAACUUGAAAUACAUCUCUUCUUGCUUAUGAACAUCGUGCACAAAUCUGACUAAUUCAAGUACCAGUCAGGCUGGGACUUCAAUGUCUGCCACGCCACAACAACAGAAUAUGAUGCAGAACUCUGAAGGUCCCCAUGCUUUACUUAUUAUGGAGUCAGAACGGCAGUUUAUACGAGAUAAGAUAUUUAAUUACAUCAUGCUGCGACAAACUCGGGAGAUGGCCCCAAAGGUCAUGGAUAUCGCUAGACGCUUGGAAGAAGGCUUAUUCAAAAUUGCUGCAACAAAGGAGGAUUAUUUAAAUUUAGACACAUUGGAAAGUCGUUUACAUGCUCUGAUCAAACGUCCCCCCCAGAAUCAACAAUGUCAGCAACAAAAUAGUGCUAAUGUUGCAAUGGGACGAAUGAUUCCAACUCCUGGAAGUAAUUUAAUGGCUCCAUCAUCUGCUAAUCAUGGUAAUGGCAUGAUGUCAUCAGUUGUCAAUCAAGGAAGCGUUUCUAUGAAUACCCUUGGGUCUUCCAGAAGCAUGCACACUGAUGGAAAGCUUGAUGUUGAAGUGAAGGUGAAAUCCAAUGCAGAUCAGUUCUGGAAUGCCAUCAUGGACUCUGCCAACCUCUUCCCUAAAGUCUGCUCUGAUCUCUACAAAACCGUCGAACUUCUUAAAGGCGAUGGCCGCAGCCUUGGAUCCGUCCGCAUGGUUCACUUUGCCGAAGGAUCGCCGAUUGUGAAAUCGUCGAAAGAGAAGAUUGAUGAACUUGAUGCGGCAAAAAAGAAAGUGGCAUAUAGUGUGAUUGAUGGGGACAUGAUGCAAUACUACAAGAGUUUCAAGGCUACUCUUGAGGUGAUUCCUGAGGGUGAAGUAAGCCUUGUGAAAUGGGUUUGUGAGUUUGAGAAAGCGAGUGAUGAGGUUCCGAAUCCCGACAUGAUCAGAGACUUUGCUGCCAAGAACUUUAAGGAGAUUGAUGAGUAUCUCCUUAAAGCAUAAACUACAAGCUUUAAAUAAAAUGCAGAGUAUAAUACUGCAUAGUCUUUGCAUUUACCUAAGUUGACAUAUGUUUAUGAACAAUAUUAAUCAAUUAAUAAUCUAAAAUUUAGUCCCAGUUUCUAAAAAUAC